AUGACUCAACCAGCAUACCACUAUACCACCACACGACUCAACCAGCAUACCACUAUACCACCACACGACUCAACCAGCAUACCACUAUACCACCACAUGACUCAACCAGCAUACCACUAUACCACCACACGACUCAACCAGCAUCCCACUAUACCACCACACGACUCAACCAGCAUACCACUAUACCACCACAUGAUUCAACCAGCAUACCACUAUACCACCACCACUCAACCAGCAUACCGCUAUACCACCACACGACUCAACCAGCAUACCGCUAUACCACCACAUGACUCAACCAGCAUACCACUAUACCACCACCACUCAACCAGCAUACCACUAUACCACCACACGACUCAACCAGCAUACCGCUAUACCACCACAAGACUCAACCAGCAUCCCGCUAUACCACCACCACUCAACCAGCAUCCCACUAUACCACCACACGACUCAACCACAGCAACACUAUACCAUUAUGGUUAUCAUGCUGAUGAUAACUAUGUUGUCUCCUUAAAUACUGAUGUAGAUGAUGAAUAA